UGUCAUCACUGCUUGCAAAAUAAACUGCAUCUCCCAGUAGCAGUGAGCUUACUUCCGUAAAUAAAGGCUGCCUCAGCCUUCAAUGGGCUGCACCCUAACGGCUGUGACUUGCAGUAUCGCCUCCUCUCCCCCUUGUGUCGUUAUUAAUACCAAAAACUCCUCAAUACCUGGAAGAAAAGAUCAGAACAUGGCAGCGAGUACGUAGGGAGAUGACCGCUCUGUUACAUUUAUAGUUUUGUCUUGGCCUGGCCGGUCACCGAAAUAGCAAAGGGCUCAUUCAUACGCUUGGACAAUGCCUUUUGAACCGGGUAAGUCGCAGUCUGGGGAACAGUCUGUGGAUGAGCCGAGCAGAGCAAGCCGUGGGGACAAUGUGGAUCCCUCAGGGGAAUCUAUCCAAAAGCGAAUCCGACAAAGCACCCCCAGCCCACACAGAGGAAACACUGCCCAGGCUAGCCCCCCUCGUUUUGUGUCGGUGGAAGAGCUUAUGGACACAGCCAAGGGUGUCUCUAACCUGGCCUUGGCUCAUGAGAUUGUAUUGAAUGGAGGCUUUCAGAUCAAGCCUAUGGAGCUUCCACAAGGAAGUCUGGAAAGAACCAUUCGGGACAUUUUGCACAAAGCAUUCUGGGACUGUUUAGAGGCUCAGUUCAAUGAAGACCCUCCAGUGUAUGACCAUGCAAUAAUAUUGCUGGGAGAAAUUAAAGAGGCCCUGUUCUCAUUUCUGUUACCUGGUCACACCCGACUGAGGAAUCAGAUCAACGAGGUCCUGGACCUAGAGCUCAUUAAGCAGGAGGCAGAAAAGGGAGCUCUGGAUAUCCCUAAGCUUGCAGACUUUACCAUCGGAAUGAUGGGAACAUUGUGUGCCCCAGCCCGGGAUGAGGAGAUCAAAAAGCUGCGGGACAUUAAAGAGCCUGUGCCCUUGUUCAGAGCAAUCUUUGCUGUAUUGGACUUGAUGAAAUUGGACAUGGCCAACUUUGCUGUCAGCAGUAUUCGGCCUCAUCUGAUGAAGCAGUCAGUGGAGUAUGAAAGGAAGAAAUUUCAGGACUUCUUCGACAAGCAGCCAAAUUCUCUGGAUUGUGUAACCAGUUGGCUUCAGGAAACAGUCAGCGAGAUGUACUCCAAGGAUUCUGCUGGAGCUUCUUCUGGACCCCCAUGCCCUGUGUCUGUGUUAAAUCAUGCCUACCUGAAGCUUCUCGCAUGGAAUCAUGAACAGAAACCUUUCCCAGAGACCGUUGUGAUGGACCAGAUCCGAUUUCAGGAGAUGAAGCUGGAAUUGUUGAAGCUCACCUUGCUGGGGACUGUGCUGCUUAUAACGCACAACUCUGCUGGUCCAGCUGUCUCAGGCCUUGCAGGUUUUACAGACCAGAUGAAGAGUCUCAUCAGGCUUUUGCUAGAGGGAGUGGGAACUCCAGGUGUGAAUACAGACGACGUUCUCGCCACGCUCAGUGAGAGGAUCUGCGUGGAAGUGGCCAAGUGCCUGAGUCAGCACGGCUCCACUCCCUUCUCUUCAGAGAGAGAGGAAUCUCUUAAAGGACAGAUCCAGACCGCCUCAUCUCCAUCCAAUCAGAUAUAUCGAAUAAUAGAAUCCAGGAUUCAGUCGUUUUUGUUGAGCUACCUAUCUACCGCCAACCAGAGAGCCAGCCCCACCCUGCUGGGUGGCCUUAGCCCCAUUCAGAAGGAACUAGAAGAACUGGCUGUGAAAUUUGUGCGUCUCGUCAACUACAACAAAAUGGUGUUCAGUCCUUACUAUGACUCCAUCCUGAGCAAAAUGCUGAACAAACAAGACACGCAGCCUUGAAUGUGCAAUCAAUAUAUUGACUGAGAUAAAGAGGAAGCACCGUCACCUCUGCUUUACAUGUAACAGCUUUCAGUGUACUAGACGUGAUGUACUAUCACUGACCGGCACCACACACAUUCAUCUCACACACAGGAUAUCUAAAAAGCCAAAUGAAUAUCUAAUUUCCAUCUACAGGGAAAUUCACUACUGAUAAAAAUCAGAGGAGCCGACCUUUCCGGGUGAGGAAUUUAUUCGCUCAAUCUGGAAAAGCUGUAUCAAUUCCAUAGUGGG